GGCGCUGGCGAGGCGCGCCGGAAGCUAGAUCUUGACAGUCGGGGUGUGUGGGUCCUGGAUGCAGGUGUGCGGCCCCCGCUGCUACACUUAAUAUCCUGCGGUCCCGCCCAGCGGCUGGGCAGAAUGCGGCUGGGCUCCGGGGCCUUCGCUGCCAGCUGCGUAGCGAUUGAGGUGAUUGGGGUCGCGAUAUUUAUUCGGGGAUUCUUCCCAGCUCCUGUGCGUUCCUCUGCCAGACCGGAGCAUGGUGCAGAGACCCCAGCGCCCGAACCCGUAGCAGGAGUCAGUUCGAACUGGACCAAGCUGCCGCCACCACUCUUCAGUAAAGUGGUUAUUAUGCUGAUAGAUGCUUUAAGAGAUGAUUUUGUGUUUGGGUCAAAAGGCGUGAAGUAUAUGCCCUACACAACGUAUCUGGUAGAAAAAGGAGCGUCUCAUAGUUUCGUGGCUGAGGCAAAGCCACCCACAGUUACUAUGCCUCGAAUCAAGGCAUUGAUGACGGGAAGUCUCCCUGGCUUUGUUGAUGUCAUCAGGAAUCUCAAUUCUCCUGUUCUCCUAGAAGACAAUGUGAUAAGACAGGCAAAGGCUGCUGGGAAAAGAAUAAUCUUUUAUGGAGAUGAAACAUGGGUUAAAUUAUUCCCAAAGCACUUUGUGGAAUAUGAUGGGACAACAUCAUUCUUUGUGUCAGAUUAUAUAGAGGUGGAUAACAAUGUCACAAGGCAUUUGGACAAAGUAUUAAGAAGAGGAGACUGGGAUGUGCUGAUCCUUCACUACUUAGGGCUAGAUCACAUUGGCCACAUUUCUGGGCCCAACAGCCCCCUGAUUGGUCACAAGCUCAGCGAAAUGGACAGUGUGCUCAUGAAAAUUCAUACGUCACUGUUGUCAAAGGACAGAGAAACUCUCUUACCCAGUCUGCUGGUUCUCUGUGGUGACCAUGGAAUGUCUGAAACAGGGAGUCAUGGGGCCUCUUCCACAGAGGAAGUGAGCACACCUCUACUCCUAAUCAGCUCUGCGUUUGAAAGGAAACCUGGGGAUGUUCGACACCCAAAGCACGUCCAGCAGACUGACUUGGCUGCAACACUAGCAAUAGGACUCGGUUUGCCAAUUCCUAAAGAUAAUGUAGGAAGCCUCUUAUUCCCAGUUAUAGAGGGAAAACAGAUGAGAGAGCAGCUGAGAUUUUUACAUUUAAACACAUUACAGCUUAGCAAACUAUUGCAAGAAAACAUACCAGCCUAUGAAAAAGAUCCUGGAUUUGAGCAGUUUAAAAUGGCAGAAAGGUUGCAUGGAAACUGGGUCAAACUGCACUUGGAAGAAAACCAUUCAGACAUUCUGCUUGGCUUGGGGACCAAAGUACUCAGGCAGUACCUGGGUGCCCUGAAGACCCUGAGUCAGUCCCUGAGCACACAAGUGGCUCACUAUGACAUCUACUCAAUGGCAGUGGGGACACUCAUGGUUUUGGAGGUUCUCACCCUGUUUCUCCUUAGCACUCCACAUGUGCUGUGCAGAAAGGCUGAACUGGAUGUUCCCCUGUUGUCUCCUGUGUUUUCUCUGCUCUUUUACUUGAUAUUUUUGGUUCUUUCGGCCAUUCAUGUCCUGGUGUGCACCUCAUCUGAGAGCUCGUGCUACCUCUGUAACCUCCCGUGGCUGGCAGCAGGGGCUGUGAUGGUACUUGUUUCUGCACUUUUCUGUGCAAUUUUGUCCGCUCUUAUCAGGAUGGUCACCGACGGCACUCUGCUGAGGAAGAAUGCAACUGUUGCCAGCUCAGGGUGGUCAGAGGUGAACCUCCUUCUUCUUCUGGGCACAGUGGGCCAUGUUCUGAGCCUGGGAGCCAGCAGCUUCGUGGAGGAAGAGCACCAGACGUGGUAUUUCCUUAUUAAUACUCUGUGCCUGGCUCUGAGCCAGGAAACCUGUAGGAGUUACUUCCUGGGAGAUGACUGUGAACCUCAGCAUCACUUCCAGGUGGAACAAAAAUGUGUGAAUGUCCUUGCCUGUACCCUGCAGGACAGUACAAGCUGCAGUACCCCUGAGUCUGAGUCUGACACAGCAGGUAAACGGGCCUCCCUGUUGGAAGCACACAGAAGCUGCAAAUGGUGGACAGUGCUGGCAAGUCCGUGGCUGGUGCUGAUCUGCUGCCGGCUACUGCGCUCCUUGAACCAGACAGGGGUGCAGGGAGCCCAUCGCCCUGACUUUAGUCACUGGCUUACCAGCUCUGACCACAAAGUCCAUCUCUCAGGCCUGGCUGCCCUCUCCCUGGUUGUGAUCUUCAUUUUAGUUCAGAAGGGCUGCUCUCUUGUAUCCAAGGUGGCCCUAGCACUGGGGCUGCUGGGUGUCUUCUGCUACAGAGCAGCCAUUGGGAUUGUGCUGUUCCCGUGGCAACCAGACAACAAAGGCAUCUCAAAGGGAAUUACUGAAGCUCGUUUUGUUUAUGUCUUUGUCCUUGGCAUUCUGUUCACCGGCACCAAAGAUUUACUUAAAGCACAAGUCAUUGCAGCAGACUUCAAAACCAAGAUUGUAGGCUUGUGGGAGAUACAUAGUGGGCUAGUUCUUCUGGCAGCUCUGCUCUUGAGACCACACAACCUUCCAGUGUUAGCCUUUAGCCUCUUGAUUCAGACUGUAAUGACUAAGUUCAUCUGGAAGCCCCUGAGACAUGAUGCAGCCGAGGUCACUGUAAUGCAUUAUUGGUUCGGUCAAGCAUUCUUCUAUUUCCAGGGCAAUUCCAACAACAUUGCUACCAUCGACAUUUCAGCAGGCUGUGUGGGCUUAGAGACCUACAUGGAAGUCCCGGCCACAUUCCUCACAGUGUUUGGAACAUAUGUAGGGCCUGUGCUUUGGGCCAGCCACCUUGUGUACUUCCUGAGCUCAGAAGGAAACAAUGGUUCAGCACUGAGCCGCGCUUGCUUCUGCUAUGCACUGAUUUGCUCUGUUCCAGUUGCCACGUACAUUGUUCUGGUGACGUCUCUGCGCUACCACUUAUUCAUAUGGAGUGUGUUUUCCCCAAAGCUGCUCUAUGAAGGGAUGCAUCUGCUCAUCACGGCUGCCAUUUGUGCAGUGUUCACGGCCACAAACCAGACUCGCCACUCGAGGGCUUAGGUGGGGACAGAUAUUUGAAGCUGAUCAGUAACUGUUUGCAGUAUGGAUUUGAGUAUCGAACUGCUUACAUGCAAGAUUAUUCUGUGGUGGAAAGAAAAAGGAUGGGAAGCCUAGGGAAUGAGUGGAUAACUUAAUUUUACUUAGAUUUAAAUUAAAACCAGAUUGAUAAAAGACUCCCUUUAAGAUUUCCCCAUUGAUAAUCACUUUCUCAAUCCUCUCUGAGUGAGCUGUGACUGCUGUGCUUAAAUGGAUGGAAGAAAAGCUCUGGGCUUUAUCAUUGCGUUUAUCUCGGAGAGCCCAGGGGCCCUGUAGGAGGAGCUGCGGCUGCUACAGGACUACAUCAAAGACCUCGCACUCCUAAGAACUCCUAAGAUCAGAGUUAGUAGCAUUUGAAAUGAAAACUAGGUCAUUUUAAACAUUACUCAUUUAAAAAAUGCUCUGUUAGUCGACAAGGUGGAGCACACUUGCAUGAUGCCAUACUCAAGAGGGCAGAACCACGAGCGUCCAGACUGCUUAGACUACAUAGGAUGACCAUGCCUCAACUCCUCCCCACCCCAAUAAAAACUGCUGCAUAUUAAUAUAACAACGUAAUUAUAUUUUUCAAAACAAAUAUUUAAUGAGGAAAAUAGUAUUUUUUUAUGUUUUUACAAAUGUCUUAAAUGACUCAAUUGAAGAUAGUUGGAAUCUACAUUUGAUCUAUUGUAAUUUAUGUCUGAAAAAUAAGGAAUCCAUCUUCACUCAAAUCUGUGGUUGGAAAAGUGUGAAGUAUCUUAAUACCACCUCUUCUCUGUCAGCUUGAAUACUGUGCUUUGAUACCAAAACAAAAAUUGGCAGGUAGUAUAUAGGGUUUCAUUGUUGCUGGGACAAGAUCUCCCAAGUUUUGAUCCUCCCCAGUCUCCCAAGUGUUGGGCUUGCAGGUGUGCGGCCCUGAGCCUGGUUUCAGGGGUUAGCUCUUCCAAGCUAGUUGGAAAGAAACAGGAGAGAUGUAGUCAUGUAUGCAGGUUAAACUAGUGAUCUGGUUAGGGUCUUUUUCGUAGUUUAAACAUAUUUCAGUCAUGUAAUUUUAAAGAGGCCUGUCCUUGAGCCAGUAGAAUUGUGUCUAUAUUACCAUGGACUCUGCUGACACAAAACUGAUCUGCCAGGCAAGAUAUGCCCCUAAUACAAUAAUGACAUGAACGUCCUGGUGGUAACUAAUCAUUUUAUGGUUGAAUUUGAAACCUCAUCUAUAUCAUGCUGUGAACCUGGUCAAGCUCAUGGUCAGAGAGGUCCUAGGCUCUAAGAGAAAGCUUACUAGUGUUUUUCACAAUGGAUAUGUUGUCACACUGUCAUUGGAAUGUCUGUGUUUGCCACCCACAGAUCAGGGCUGCUCUUAACCUUGGUCAGAAAGGCUGACAGAGGUUAAUGCAAAGACUGUAGUUCGUCAGUGUGUGGAGAAUAAUUGACUGUUGAAUCUUCCAUCCCAAAUGAACCAUCUGUCUCUCUAUUUCUAUCUCUCUCUGUGUCUUUGUUCCUGUUAUCUCCCCCCACACCCACCCUCCCAACAAACAUACACACCAAAAAUCAAAACAUUUUAGAAGAAACAGAAAGAAUGCAAGGGCUGGAGAAUGAGGACAGGUGUUGUGAAAUUCUGGUUACCUACCUAAGACCUGCACAAAAUUUAGGUCCUCGACAUUUUAACAUAAAUAGGGAAAGGGUACUUGGGGUACCAACCCUAGCUGAAGAGCUAUUGUUAGUUAAUGGCUGCUGGAGAAGGAGUCAUUUUCCUUCAGACAUAUAGCCACUAAUACGUUGCCUGUUACCUAGUCAAUAUCCACAUUCACAUCUAAGUGGGCCUAAUUAAACUCUGUCACUAGGGGAAAAGAAGUGAAAGGAGGAGGAAGAAGCGUUCCAGAGGAGGGGUAGAAGAGGAGGAUGGGGUAAAAAUGGUCAAAAUGUAUGAUAUAGAUGUACAAAAUGAUCAAAGAUUAAAUACUAUAUUUUAAGAGGGUAAGUUAUGUUAAGUCUAUGUGUAUAUAUGCUAUAGCUUGUGAAUUUAAAGAGGGAAAGAAAAAUCCACAAUGUAUUUGGUGUCAUAAAAAUUAUAGUUUUAUCAUCUAUUGUAUUUUCUACAGGAAAUAAAUAAUAUGAGUUUUCUGUUGUUUAGACAUUUAAAUUCCUUAGAUACUUCAAUAAAAACAAGCCGUAUAGCCCCCUCACAUUAA